AUGGAGACUGUUGAACAUCCGAGAGUUUAUUUGGCUGAUGCCAUGAGGAAGGUGAAUGCUUUAUUAGACAUCAACUUGGAUGAGGAUGUGCCGUCCAUUCAAGCGGCCAACUGUUCCCUUCUGUUCCAGUCGAACACAGACACCAAUUUUAACGACAUAAUUGCGUUCAAAUCGGCCUUUGCACGUUCAGCUGAAGAUGCUCGCGUUUAUGCUCAGUUGAAUACCAUGCUGGAACAGGGACAAGAAUAUGCAAUCAUGCUGUAUACCUGGCGAUCGAUAUCUCGAGCACUGCCAUUCAUUCGUUCCAAUGAACAACCACAUCGAAUGGAAAUCUAUCAGAAGACCGUGGAGAUUCUGGAACCGUACGCGAACAAGCUGAAAGAGUUUAUGCAUUUCCAAGACGCAGCUAGCGCGCGGUUUGUUGAAGAAGUCAAGCGCUUGGCCCAUAAAGAUCAGAAGAAUUUUUUCGUUAAUCAAGCCUAUCUGAUCACUUUGGGCAAAAUGUUGAAAAUGUUUGCACUUUUGGACGAGAUGAAAAACAUGAAAGCGAGCAUGAAAAAUGAUUAUUCCAACUAUAAACGGGCCACCCAAUUCCUGCAACAUCACGAUCCCGCUUUGAUGAAAGAAUCGCAAGAUGUGAGCAUGUUUUUAGCGAAACAGAAAAUCAUUCGUGACACAUUGAAAGAACGAUUGAAUGCCGUGGACGGAUACGAAGACCUGCUCAUUGAGAUUAUUCACAACAGUGCACAAAUGUACGACAAUAAGGUUUAUGUGCUUCCGGCUGAAAAACAUACCCAUGUUAUUGUCUUGGCGUUCUCUCUAUACCUUCUGGAUUCAUCCCGAAUCAUUGAUGGCAAACAAGUUGGCGUCAAUUUGAACAAAAUCGCUAAAAGACUGAACAUUCCCAAAUUGGAUCGUAUUUUGAAGACAGCAUCGUUCGAUCCGUCCAAAUGGCCCGAAUGUAUGAGUUCCCGAGUAUCCAGUCAAGGUGCUUUGCUCAUGCAUAUGCCUCGUUUUCGGUGA